AGUACUCGCAUGGAAUUUUACAUCAAUGCUUUAAAAAAUCUUUAAAACACUUUUAAAAGUUUUAUUUUUAAAGAAUUAAAAUAGAAAACAAAUAAAAAAACUAUUAGAUUUGAAUGUUUUUUAUUUUAUUAGAUAAAUAAGAGUGAAGCAAUAAUUUUAAGAAAUGCGAUAUUUUCUUUAUUUUCUUCUUAUUGUAUCUUUCCUGAAUGCUGUAAAUACACAAGGAGUUUUGGAAUAUAUCACCGAAUUAAUUUGGUCAAAACCACAGUACAGCGAAUCUGCAGUCCAUAGGCAAGAACGACAAGAACCUUUGGAGGAAAAUGUUCCAAAAAUACUUUACGAAGUUACACCUCACGAAACGAUUUUCCUCGAGGAAGCUCUUGCGCUGUCCGGUGCAAAAACAAUUACAAAUUUGGACCGAUGCCAGCAUAGAGUUGUUUUGAAAUUACGCAAGAACUGUGGGAAAAUGAAUGAAGAGGAGCUGGGAAAAUUAUCAAUUAUGCUCCUUAAUUGUCAUCGAUUAAUAGAGGGGCAGAAUUUGUUGGAAUGCUCAGAAACAAUGACACUCCGGGACUGCACGGCUCUUUUGGACUCGGCGGAAAUUUACAAUUCCUAUCAGUUAAUGUUUACAAGAGCAAAAGCAAUUUGCAUUGUCGUUGGGCAGUUGCAGUAUCGUGCAUGGGCAGAAAGUGCCGUAAAUAAAUUAUCUUCUUAUGCACAAGAACAACUUAAAAUCUCUGACCAACUUGUGGAGGAACAAAAAAAUCUCAAUGAUGCAAUUGAUAGCAGUAAUCAGCGUAUCAUUGAGAAUGAAAAGGAGAUUUUACGUUUUAUCGACCAUAUUCGGAUAAAAUACAUGACGAGUAUCAAAGAAGUUUCGUUGAAGAGUACAAUGUUGCAGGAAGUACAAGUACAAAAGUUCGAAAAUAUUUUAAUAGAAUUUAAUAAAUUGUCAACAAGAAUAUCCAACGUGGAAACCACCUUGGAGGCAGAUCUCAAAGAAUUGCAUGAAAACUCCGGGAAAAUCACCAAAGAUAUUAUUGCUGUUAAUACAAAUUUACUACAACAAAUUCAACAAGUAUCAACGCAAUACAGGGAAAAUCUCAAUACACUCGAAGAGAUUCAAACAGUCAUUGAGGGGCUAUUUGUAAUUAUUAAUCAAUGGAAAGACGAUAUAGGAAGAAAUGGGAAAUGGAUUGAAGAUAAUUUAGGAGAAAUUAGUAUCUAUAAGAUUAUGUAUCACAUUGGUUUCCUCUUUAUGGGUAUGAUCAUUUUAUCUUUUAUACAAGUGGAUGGUUUGAGUAGAAUUUUAUUUGUGAGCAUUACAAUUGGAAAUGCUCUGUGUGAUGUGUACUCAGAGAUGGGGAUGUCGCUACCUGCUUUAUUGAGUACUUUAGUGUGCAUAAUUGGUGGGAAAUAUCUAGCAAUGCAUAUUAGUUGGAAUAAAUUUUUGCAAGGAUUUGGGGACACCACAACUGAGGAAGAACAUAAAAUACCAUCGACAAGACAAUACCAAAGGGAUAGUCCAACAACGAGCAGUAGAAGCAGCACCCAUAAGGAACGACAAUUCACUUGCACAGCUGUUAAUUCUCAAGGAAGUCUCUGCCAAAAUUCUACUUUUGAAAAUAGUUUAUUUUGCCAAAUACAUUCGCUUAGGCAAAGAUACGAUCGAUAGAGUAAGGUAUGUAGGGGAGGACGGGGUAAUUUGGCUACUUUCGAUUUCUAAAAAUGGUAUUACCACGCUAGAAAAUCCAUUUCUUCACAGUUUAUACUCCCUAUGGGGAAAAUCCGAUCAUUAGAUUUUCUUUUAUUUGAUAAAAA